AUGGCUUCACUUCGUCUCCCUCGACCAACGUGCGUCUUUUCCCCACCUCCCACCCACCCUGCCCUCCCUUCCUCGUCCCCAACCAUCACGUCCCACCCCCCUCGCCGCCCACCCGCCCUCUUUCACGAUCACUCGGCCGGCACUCCCCAUGACUUCUACCCCCUCUAUCGCUUCCCCCACAAUCUCAUCCACUUCUACAACAAGCACGCCGCCUACCACCUUUCAUUGGCUUCCAGUGUACGGUGGACAUCGACAUCUGUGGCAGUGAGCCUAGUCGCAGUCACAUCGUCCAAGCCGAGACGUUCGGGGUCGUCUGGUGUAUCUUCGAGCCAUAGCUACUGGUCGACCGACACCUCGACGAGCACGACCGCCACCUCGACCACUGAUACCAGCACAUCGACAUCCGACACCUCAACCACUACCUCUACCACCACUUCCCCCACCACUUCUACCUCUACCGCCUCUUCCUCCACUCCUUCCACUACUCCAUCAUCCACGUCUACCUCAUCAUCCAUCAAUACAACGACCUCGGCCUCCACCAGUCCCGUCUGUGUUACUAUGAACUUCCACGGUCAAGCUACCACCUCGACGCAAAGGCUGCUGGAACAACCUGGCAAGGGAGGCCCGGGAGGCGACAUGCGCUCGAUGACUGCCGGAUCUUCGGACACCACUCAUGGCACUUACGCACAACCUCCGAUGAGGCACGGAGGCGAAAGCUGCGACUUGGCCGAGUAUAGUUCGUACGCGGCGCACCCGCAGAUGCAGCAAGGCUACCUGCAGGACUACAACCCGUACCAGGCUCACCCGAACCAGCAGGCACAGUACAACGCCUUCCAGCAGGGCCCACCCCAGGGGUAUGCUCCGCAGGCAGCGUACGGCGCGGCUUCCAGCGGAUCUCCAUCGCAGCAACAGACCCCGGAGGCCAAUACUAGCCCGCAACGUCUCCUCUCCACGGUUCCUGCAGCAGACUCGUAUGGCGGUUACGUCGACGAGCCCGCGACCUUGGACCCUCGCGGCUCGCUGCCGAGCUACAUGAGUCUGUGGAAGGUUCUAAUUGCGCAGGUUGGACACCACACAGGUUAG